AUGGCCCAGGUUGAGUAUAACAAAUACCUCCCCUCGUACCGCUCGCUCUUGACCCCCAAUGCCAAAUACGACUAUCGCACGCAUCUGCUUGUGGAGCUCUCGCAGCAGGACCUCAAGCGCAUCGAGUCCCGCUUCCAGCUCGAGCCGCCGCCGCCUUCGAAGUUCAAGAUGAAGUACCAGUCGCUUUUGGGCGAGGUGUCGCGCAAGGCGCUGCGGCUCUCGAUGCGGGUCCAGCUGAAUUUGCACCCGCCCCAGCACACGCUCAAGGCCACGAAACACUUGUGGCUGCGGUGCAAGCUGUUUGGCCAGCUCCCGCUCGAGAUCCAGAUUCUUGUGUUUUCGUUUGUCGACGACCCGCACGCCUACCACCUGUGCUUGUUUGCCAGCAAGCGCUUCUACCAGUUGGCCAAGCCCAUGCUCUACCGCAGCGUCUCGUUUGUGUCGACCUACCGCUUUGCCCAGUUCGUCACGUGUCUCCGCCUCAACCCGGCCACCGGCACCUAUGUCGAGCGGCUCGACCUCUCGGGGCUCAAGCCGGGCGUCCAGGAGGAGGACUGGGACGACUGCUCGAACCCGGCCGCCACGCUUGCGGGCUGGCGCGACUGGAAGUUCAAAAACAACCCGUUGUAUGCGUUCCACCUGGCCGUUUUGACCAAAACAGUCUCCAACUCGUCCGUGGCGCUGGUGCCGUCGCAGAAAAAGGGCAACUUGGCCAAGUACUUCAAGAAGCGCCGGCGCUCGUCGCCGCCGUUGUACGAGAAGCCUGAGGCGCCACACCAGCAGGCACACCACCUGCUGCCGCACCCGACCAUCAACCGCUUCCUCCUUAGCUAUUCCACCUCCAAAGACGUGCCGGUAGGGUAUGUGAUCCACGUGAUCAACUUGUGUCCCAACCUCGUCGAAGCAGACUUGGGCAACUUGUCGUUGCUGACAGACUACCGCAUCUCGCUGCCCUACGCCCACAAGUACCAGCCCUACGAUCUCACGCACAACUACCACAAGGACUUGCCCAAAAUCGUCGAGUCCAUUCUGCCGCUCGCGCAGCCAGCGUCGUUCAACCCGUUCCAGGAGACGUUUCCGCCCACAGCACCCGAUUCCCUCGAAGCGUCUUCUGUGUCGUCUGUGUUUUCGCUCAACUUUGCCAAGCCCGUCCGCAAGUACAACAGCUUGCUUCCGCCGCUUCCCAACUCGGCAACGGAAAUGUCCUACUUGUCACGUGCCGACGGCCGCAUCUACUUGAGCGACUUGAAUGUCAAGGCCAUCAACACUCUGCACCUUGAAGUUGUCCAUGAACGCGACAUUCUCCGAUGCUUGGCGGCACGUGGUCACCGCGUGCGCUCCAUCAACUUGUCGUCGCUGAUUUGGCUCAAUGCCAAGUUGGUGGCGGACUUUUUGUUGGAGAUGUUGGCACGUGACUUGGACCGCAAGUGUGUCAACGGCAAACAUCUAUGGCUUUUCCAAGGCCACUACUACGAUGUAGGCGAGCCGCUCGAGGGCCGCGUCGAACCCAGCAGGCUGGGUUUGCAGCUCCUCGACUUGUCCGACCUGGGCAUGAACAAAAACUUACCGUGGGCACAGAAAAUCGACAUGGCCACCCCACGGGGCCGCCAACUCGUGCAGAGAAUAGUCAACGACGAGUUGCUCUCUUCGUUUGAGGAGUAUGUGAUACGCGAGAGACAACGCCGUGGCCGCGUUGGCGAGAAUUAUUUCUCGUAG